AUGAAGAAAUCAGUCAAGUUUGAUCAAGUUAAAGUAUUUUAUUUUAAUCGUACUCAAGGCUUUACGUGCGUUCCCAGUGAAGGUGGCUCUACCCUUGGAAUGGUUGGCAGCCAUCAUUAUGACGAAAAAUUUACCAUUUCAUCUUACGCUAAAGAGCAGAAACGUCUACAUCGCAUGAUAGUUGAAGAGCAACGACGACAAGGAAAGGCGUAUCCUAGUCCCCUUUUACAAAGUGUUCCCUCAAUUGACGCUUCAGAAAUCUCCUCUGGUAGUGACUCUGAUAGUGAUUAUGAUGACUGUUAUUUCUUACAACCGGUUCCCAUUCGGCAGCGACGUUUUUUGCUCAGGACAUCCGGCGUUAAAAAAAUAGACAGCGAAGAAAAAGAUGAGUGUCGCGAAAUUCGAGUUUCGCGGGAAGUGUGUGGGUGUGACUGUAAGGUUUUCUGCGAUCCUCAAACUUGUGCAUGUAGUCUUGCAGGAAUCAAAUGUCAAGUUGAUAGACUAUCCUUUCCGUGUGGUUGCAGCAAAGACGGAUGUGGCAAUAAAAAUGGACGUAUCGAAUUUAAUCCUAUUCGCGUGCGAACUCAUUUCAUUCAUACAUUAAUGCGUAUUGAAUUGGAGAAGAAG